CUCUCGAACUCACCCUUAGUGUCCAGUAGUGCCACUCCACUCCAGUAUAAUAGGAGCUUAAUUGGGAGACAGUCAGUCAGUUCAAGCCAGAGGGACCGGUAAAUUCAUCGAUUAUUUUGGUCUAGACCCGUUCGCCGUUGAGCCGAGGAGCAAUGGCCGGAGGACUAGCUCAACUCUGGAAAGAGUGGCAAAUUCAAAUACUAAUCAUCCUCAGCUUCACUCUACAAGUUAUCCUCCACCUCUUGUCAUGGAUCCGUCGACACAAAGGUUACAAAGUGUUAAGGAUCAUCCUAUGGCUUUCCUAUCUAUCUGCUGACUCCACUGCCAUCUACACGCUUGGCCAGCUAUCCAUGACCACAAGCAGCAGCUCACGUGAGCACCUGCUGAAUGCGUUCUGGGCAACAUUCCUCUUACUUCACCUGGGUGGCCCGGAUAACAUCACAGCUUAUUCCUUGGAGGACAACCAGCUCUGGUUGCGCCACCUGUUAACUUUCACAGUGCAGGUGUUGGGUGUUGCUUAUGUUCUCUACAGAUACAUUGCCGGCAGUAGGACUUUGGUCGAGGCCAUCAUCCUAAUGUUUGCCGUCGGUGUUGUCAAGUAUGGGAAGAGGGUAUGGGCAUUCAUGUGUGCUAACAUGGACAGCAUCCGAAGCUCUCUUGAUUUUUUAGAUGAUUCAAGUGCUCACAAUCCUUACCUUGAGCAGGCCAGAAAAGAGAGGAUGAACAGAGAUCUAAAGCAGGCUCUGUUGGGUGCUCAUUACAUGUUCGAUUUUUGCAAGAGCCUAUUCGUUGAUGCUCUUUCGAUGUCAGAGCCCCAAAGAAGUGCUGUCGAGUAAGCCAUGCAAAUUGAUGGUGGAAAGCACAUGUACAGGUUAAUCGAGAUGGAGCUAUCCCUCAUGUAUGACAUUUUAUACAGCAAGGCAGCGGUUAUACACACCUGGUAUGGCCGUUGCAUUCGAGUCUUUUCACUACCUGCCACAGUUGCUGCACUGCUGCUAUUCCAUUUCAGUAGGAGAGAUGCUUAUCACAUAGUUGAUUUUGCCGUCACUUAUGCUUUGUUGAUCGGGGCUAUCCUCCUUGAGAUCACAACAUUGCUGAGGACUGUAGGGUCUUCUUGGACAUGUGCGUUCUUGCAUACUAGGAAAUGGGAUUGGCCCUGCAAUUCUGUAAUGUUUACUCGUCAGAUUGUGAAAGCAGGACGAAGUAGAUUAUGGCUGGAUUCUAUUGGACAAUAUAACUUGCUAGAUUUCUGUACCCGUGAUAUGACGGAUCUGAGAGGCAGGAUUGCCAUGAAAGUGGGGCUUGAGAACUGGUUUAAUAAACUGCAUUACUCAAACACAACCUCAAUUUCAAGUGAUAUCAAGGAGUUUGUGCUAAAAGAGAUACAAAAGAGAGGCCGAGGGGACAUCAGGAAUGCACGGCGUAUGUGCAUCCUCUAUGAGAAUAAAAUGGAUGAGGAACUCAGCUGGAGCACGGUAGACAUUGACUUUGAAAAAAGCAUCCUUGUGUGGCAUGUCGCAACCGAUGUCUACCUAUGUUGUUUCAAAGAAGAGGUGGAACAUACAGAGAAACCUGUUGUAAAGGUGAUCAAGGAGAUCUCCAACUACAUGUUGUACCUCCUUCUGCAGCACCCGGAUAUGCUACCUGGGCCAAUUCGCAUAGGUCUGUACCCAAAGGUAUGUGCAAGUUUGGUUGAACUCUGGCAGGAGCACUCCACCAGUAGCUCGGAGGGUGGAGACAACAACCGCUCAAAAAGCAAGAAACUAGCAAGCUUGUUGUUCCAAAAAUUUGGCAGUGAGAGCACAGAUAAUGAACACGGCCAGGUUUACCUUGAUGGGACUGCAGUCGCUGGGUACCUACUUCGCAACGAAUGCAAUGUGCCCAACAUGCUGGGGUUGAUUGCUGGGGUGUGGUUCGAGAUGUUGUGCUAUGCGGCGCACCACUGCAGCGAGGAGUCACAUGCCAGGCAGCUGAGCACUGGUGGUGAGUUCCUCACUGCUGUGUGGCUUCUUGUGGAGCACAUCAAAUUUCCCAAGUCUGAGGAUGAUGGGGGACCUAGUCAUGUGUCAACCGAGAUAUCUCAACAGCAGUUAGAUAACGUAGUUUAAUUAGAUAUCUCUAUCUUGUAUUCAGUAAUUGUCUCAUGUGGUAGAUGAUAUCAUAUACAGGCUGGUUGUUUUGAUUGGUUGGUGUAUGCUUUCCUUGUAAGUCACGAUGGAGGCUAUUUCCAUCCUAUAUUAACA